UGGUUGUUUUAUUUUAUCACGCAUUUAUUAUUCUUUUUUGGUGAUUUCGUUGAGUUUCACUUGGAUGUCGGCUCUUGGUUUGACAUUUUGAUCAGGUUAUCUGAGGAACCAGCUCUGAGAUUAUAAUGUAUCUGGUUUUACUGACAUUACCAAGGAGUUGGGAAGCAACUCAGUCUCGCCUUCACGGGUCCACCAAAAAGGCUGAAACAUUACAUAAACGCGACGUCUGGAACUAAUUAACGGGCAAAUAAAAGCCGAUUAUUUACCCAAAAAAGGAUGCAGCUGCGUUUGUUUGGAAAAGGCGCGACUUCAGUGAGACGGUGGAAAUAAAACUACUCGAAAUUCCCGAACCCAAAGAUGGGAGGAGGAAAGGACGAGCACGUUGCCAAAGGGGGAGGGGGUUAACGGGAGCUGCUGGCAUCGAAUCUCCUCGCCAAGCUGCGAGGAGUUCUCUCUCCUCCUCUUCUGGCAGCCGCUUCAGUGCGAUGACCGGCAUCCCCGAGUGAGCAGCUCCCGCUACCCAGCAACAAAAAGAGUCUGUCUAGGAGUCAGCGGCCGCCCACCCGCCCUUGCUCCCUCCCUCCCUCCGCGCCAGUCCUGUCUUCACGGCCGGCUCCGCUGCCUCUCCCAGCCGCGGGAAGGGCCAUGUGUCCCCGCUCCAGCUCCCCGGGACAGGGCUCGGUACAACAGGGGCUCUGCCUGUCGGCACCUCGGCCGCUCUGAAGCUCCUUCAUUCUGCCUCAGGUAGGCCGGAGUUGGGGAGGGGGGGGGGGUCCACCAGCCCAUGGAGUACAUGUUCCGCAAAAGGAAGCUGCUGAAGACGCUGUUGAGCUUGUCGCUGCUCUUCGCCACCUUGGCCUUAGUCCAGAAACUCAAGUUGGGGGACGGGUUGGGUCUGGGACUCCGGGAGACGGCGGCAGCCUCGGGCCCCAGGUUAGCCCCGGCCUGGCAAGAUGCCGAGGGCAACACGCCACGGACUAACGGUAGCGCCGUCGAGGCGGAGGCUGAAGGGCCUGGGGCCGGGACCCCAGCUAAUGUCAGCGGCCCGCGGGCCUGGGGGGUGACGGUGACCAACUGCAGCCAGAACGGGUCGGUGCGCGACUUGAAGUGGUUCUCGACGCUCGACUCCCGCUUCCAACAGUACGUGCUGUACCGCCAUUGCCGCUACUUCCCCAUGCUGCUCAACCACCCCGAGAAAUGCGCGGGGCCCACUCACCUCCUCAUCGUCGUCAAGUCGGUGAUCGAGCAGCACGACCGGAGGGCCGCCGUCCGCCACACGUGGGGUCGUGAGCGCAGCUUCGGCGGCCUCGCCGUGCGGACUCUUUUCUUGCUGGGCACGCCGCCCGCCGGCAAGGACCAGCGCAACCUGCAGAAGCUUCUGGAAUACGAGGACCAGCUGUACGGCGACAUCCUGCAGUGGGACUUCAUGGACACUUUCUUCAACCUGACCCUGAAGGAGGUGAAUUUCCUCAAGUGGUUCGAUCUCUACUGCCGCGGCACUCGCUUCAUCUUCAAGGGCGACGACGACGUCUUCGUCAACACCGAGAACCUGAUGGAGUUCCUGGCCUCGCAGAGCGACGGCCCCCGCCUCGACAAUCUCUUCGUGGGUGACAUCAUCUCCAUGGCGCAGCCCAUCAGGAACCACCUGAGCAAGUACUUCAUCCCCAAGCAGCUGCACGACAAGCCCUACCCGCCAUAUGCCGGCGGCGGCGGUUUCCUCAUGGCCGCCCCCCUGGCCAGGAAGCUGGUGGCGGCCUCCGAGGACAUCCAGCUCUACCCCAUCGACGACGUCUACCUGGGCAUGUGCCUGCAGAAGGUGGGUGUCAAGCCGCAGCUACACUAUGCCUUCAGGACGUUUGGCAUCGUCAAGCGGCGGGUCAGCCCGAUGAACAGCGAUCCCUGCUUCUACAAGAACCUGCUGGUCAUCCACAAGCUCAGCCCCGAGGGCUUGCUGCAGAUGUGGGACACUGUCCACAACCGAACUCUCAUCUGUGCCAAGAAGGUUUUUAUAACUUUAAACGAUUAAAUGGCGCUCUAAACCUUCCUGUGCAUUUAGAAGUGUAGGUACUUGGCGUGCGUUGGGAGUGAACUCUUUAGAAUCUGCUUGGCGUAAUGGUGAGAACUCAUAUUCGGCUGUGAAGCUUUGUCUGGAUAAGCAGAGUAAAGGUACUUAAACGUAGAAUAAUGUAUUUUUUAAAUUUUAUUUUUACACUCUUGUAACUUCCGCAAACAAGUUGCCAAUCGGCACCCAUGUUUGACAGCAGUUUGGUAAUGAUUUAGGAAAAAGGAAACCGACCCCCCCCAUUGUGUCCCAAUUGUGUAAACGGAAGCAACGGCUUUAGAGAGUGGUUAAAUGCGACUUAACUGCCUAUAAUGCAUAGCACUCGUGAGUUAGGUAUAUCCUUUGUAACAAAAAUAAAUUGCAGUUAUAGAAAUUGUGAUUUCUCUGUCACUGUUUAGAAAAGGGAUCAUGCAUGCUUAAAACCAAAAAGCAAAUGAAUCACCCCGUAAAAAAAUCACCCCACGGUGCUACCAUGAAAACAGGAAAGGCAGACACUUGAUUAAGCCAGUUUAGUGAUCAGCUCCAACAAACUUGCAGCGUUUUUUUAAAAUCAAAUACUCGUUCAAAUGUUCACCUGCCUCCUCUUGUCCCAAACUAAGGUUUGCUUUUGAGGUGCUCUUGGCAGUUGAUGAACAGCAGUUCUCACAUUUCUGAGAGUUUGCCCCUCCACAGGAAAUGUGGCAAGACAGGGCUAGAUUUGCCAAUCUGCUGUGAAAUAGCCUGCACCUUUGUUCCUGAAUUGAAAUAAAGCACGGUUUUGACCUGACUUUAAACAUGAGAUGAUUUGUGCUGGGGCCAUUUCCAGGUUAUCUAGUUCCACUAGGAGGAGCAAGGAAUUUGAUGGGGCUCUUUACUUCAUUUCAAAACUGGCUAUUUCACCAAGAAGUUUGAUGCUGCAAUCCAUGCUGGUAAGCAACUUGCAUUUGAAAAUUAUAUAGGUCGUGCUUCCAUUUGAAAACAAAAACUUUUCAAUAGACACACUGGUGGUGAAACCAAUGAUAAACAAUGGCAAAAGAAGCCAGUGGUUGUCUAAUUGACACGCCUUUGGAAGAACAGGUGGAAACAGUAAUGUCUGGUACAACACUGAUAUUCAUAAUCAUUGCCAACUGGCAGUUCCUGACAUUUCUGUCCUGCAAUUCUUUGAAUAAAAUGAUCAUGUAUCCAAUUUAUGUAGAUAAAUUGAAUUGGUAUAAAAGUAAAAAAUGUUCCUUGUGCGUGUAGGAUAGUGUUAAUGUGCGGGGAUCGCUGGUCGGCGCGGACCUGAUGGGCCGAAGGGCCUGUUUCCGUGCUGUAUCUCUAAAAAAAAAUUUUAAAAAAUUAAUGGUGAAAAGGAGAGUUAAACAAAAGAGAAAAAUGUUUAAUGUGAAAAAUGUGUGCAUUUAAUGACCAGUUUUUGAACUAUUUGCCAGCAACUCAAAUUCCAAGUUCAGUGUUUAAACUUUGUGGAAAUCAUGAUCAUUGGAAAUGUUUUAAAUUCAGUUCAGAUUAAUAUAUUGAAUAAUAGGUGUGAGGUUUUUGAUGGUAUAGCACUGUAUAAAAUGUUCUGCUUUUUUGGUCGGGACCAAUAAUUUCUGCCUAACUUAAGAUGCUGCUCAGUAAUCCUGAUAAAGAGGCUAUGGAAUUGCUGAGGUGUACAGUAUUUGAUAUUCUUUUCUCUUGUCAUUCCCUGGUCUCCAUUCCCAACAAAUGAAACUGUCUUUAUGAAGCAUUCCACGUUGGGGCAAGUGAGCCAGUAAGUCUGUGAUGAGAUUUGAAAUGACCUGUAGAUAGAGAUUGAAACACUGUCAACAACUGGUCCUUCAAAAAUGGCAACUAAUCUUUGAGAGGUUAAGGAAGAAUAUAUAUAAUGACCAGUGUGAUCUAUAGAAAACAGUGUCUGUCUCUUGUGUACAUGUAUAAUUUAAAGAAUAAGACUUCAAUAUUUAAAACCAAUUGUCUUAUAAGAUCCAGGUUUGUGACAAAAUUUGAAAAUAACUUGCAAAAAGGAAUUUUUGUUUUGAUAAACUUUAUUCAAUGGUUUGAGAAUCUUGCCAACAUAAUCAAACAAACUUGUACUUUGAAAUGUAAUUAAUAAAGUCUAAAUUGAUUUUCUUUA